AUUCAUGUCUCUCCCUCUGCUGUCCUCCUCCACCACAGUGGUGCUGCUGCUAAAGUGAUUGCUGCUGGCCUGGUGACAGUAGGCGGUGGCGUUGGAGGUACAAUACUCUACGCAAAAUGGGACCACAAGUUCAGAGCCGCCGUGGAGAACAAUGUUCCAUACUCGGACUGGCUCCUGGGUCUGGCUCUGGGACCUGUUCCUCAAGGUGGCAUCAACAAACAGAUGGAGAUGGCCCAGCCUGCCUCUAUGAUGGAGAAACCGGUGAAGGCGCCCAAAGAGAAGAAGAAGGUGAAGGAGGCAGAGAGUCCAGCCAAAGAGACAAGUCCCGUCCCAUCACAGCCCGCACAGAGCAUAGAGGAGGCUUCAGCAGAAGCUACUCAUAUCAUCUCAGCCAUCAGUGAGAUCUCUACAGUCCCUGCUCCAUGUGACACAGAGGCAGCAGCAGUAAAAGAGGAGUGCGAAGAGUGCCACGAGCAUACGGAGCCUCCAGUGACAGCACUGGUUCACCCCGACACAGAGGCCCCGCUGCGAGAGAGACCAGUAGAGGAAGUGGCAGCCAGGCUGGCUCAACAAGACCAGGAGGAACAGGACACCCUCGCAUCUGUAUCAGCCAGUCUUGAGGACUCACUGGCCAGCUCGGCUAAAGCUACACUGCAGGCCAUUGGAGCUCAGGAGGCAGCCCUGCAGGCUAUCGCACAGCACACACACAAACUGAAGGAGGCUAUGGAAGCAGAGGUCCCACCUCAGGAGAAGUCGGCCCAGUGGAAGGAUCUGGAAGCUGCUCUAGCUGAUAGAACCGCUGCCGUGAAUGCUGCUGGAACUGCUCUGUUGAAUGCCAAUGAAGCUCUGGGCAGUCUCAAGUCAGAGAUUGACCAGUCUAAAGGGCUGAAGGUCUCUGCUGUUCGCCCACUGGUUUUAGCAGCAGAGGAGAAUCUCCAUAACAUGGUGGUGGACUUGGACAAAGUGGUCACGAAGGUGCAGUCUGCAGAGUCAGAAUCUAAGAUUGUCACCCAGUACAGUGAACUGGUUAAUGAAGCCAAACUACAGUUCCAGAGGGAAGUAAGCAGCCUCACUCCAGAGAUCCAGGCCAACUGGAAGGGACUCACCGGUAAACUGUCAGCGGAUGACCUGAACGCCCUGAUCGCCCACGCACACCGUCGCAUUGACCAGCUGAAUCGAGAGCUGGCUGAGCAGAGAGUCAGGGAGCAGAUCCACAUUGAUGCAUCGCUGGAGCAGCAGAAGUUGGAGGACCAGAAAGCCCUGGAGAAAGCUGUUCUCACUGCCGUGCAGCACGUCAAGGAGGACACCCGGCUGGAGCAGGAGAGGAAGCUGUCUGAAUUAAGGGAAGUGAUGGAGGCAGAGAUGAGGACUCAGCUCCGGCGUCAGGCAGCUGCUCACACGGACCACGUCCAAGAUGUCCUCAAAGUCCAGGAGACGGAGCUGAGAGCUGAUGCUGAGCAGGUCCUGGGCAGUAAGAUGCUGGAGCAGGAGACCCACUACCGCCAGCUGAGCCAGGAACAGCUGGAUAACUUCACUCUGGAUAUGAACACUGCCUACGCAAGACUGAAGGGGAUGGAGGAGGCCAUAGACAGUCAUGUGGUAGCAGAGGAGGAGGCCCGUAAAGCCCACCAGCUCUGGCUCUCUGUGGAGGCUCUUAACUACUCGUUAAAGAUGGCUGACGCUGACUCCCCCACCAUGCCUCUAGAGGGCGCUGCUCAGGCUGUGCGAGACAGCUGCCACGACAAUCACUUUGCCUUGGCUCUGGCAACGGCCCUUCCAGAAGAAUCCCUGCAGCGCGGCGUGUACAGCGAGGCCUCCCUCCGUGCCCGCUUCAACUCCCUUCGAUCGCUGGCUCGCCGAGUCGCCCUCGUCGACGAAACUCACAACUCCUUGUACCAGUAUUUCUUGUCCUACCUCCAAGCUGCGCUGCUGUUCGAGGCCAAACAGGAAGCCCCACCCGGCCAGCUGGGCAGCGAGGAUUUAGACCCAUUCAAGCUUCUGUCGUAUGCUAGCUUCUGCUUAGAGCAUGGGGAUCUGGAGUUGGCAGCUAAACUGGUGAACCAGUUGAGAGGAGAGGCCAGGAGAGUGGUGGAGGACUGGCUGACUGAAGCCAGACUCACACUGGAGACUAGGCAGGUGGUCAGUCUGCUGUCUGCUUAUGCAAAUGCUGUGGGGUUAGGAACCACCCAGGCUCCGUAGGUUGCCACGCUCAUGUAACCUGGCAACCCUUAAAGGAACAAUCCACUGAAAGUCCCUCUUUUGAGUAUCAAGGAGUCUCCACUGGCUUGAAAGGUGGCGAGGUGGUGUUGGGGGAGUGUUUGAUGCUCACUAGAGAUUGUUAGUGGUGUAUUCCUUUAAGGGGACUGAAGUUAACCAAAUGAUUCAAGUUCAGAUGUAACAUAAGUAACAGAAUCGUUUUAAAGUCACUAUGGAGGAUAUUUUGAAUAAUUGAAUUAUUGCACUUAUCAAUCUAGUCUUGUCAAUUCUACUGGUUUGGUUCAGGUAUUUACCCCCCCCACCCCCCCUCUAACCCUGAAUGAAGCCUAAGACUCGUUGAAGAAUGUCCGGCUGCAUUUCUUUUUGUCAACACUGCACAUGUUCCAAUAAAUCAUCAACUACUAUGCU